AACGCGAUAAGAGUGGAACGAGCGGAGAGUGAAGACCGAGAUGAGAUAGAGACAGAUUCUGGAUGGAACCUCCAUUUGUUUAUGUACACUGUAACGCGUCAUGGAACCUGUCGUCCUUGUGUCCGCGUCUCUGGAUGGCGUCAGUCUGGAGUGAUGGACUGAGCUGUCCCCGUCACGGAGGUCGUCACCCCGCAUGGUGGCGUUACCGAGCACAGAUAAGAAGUAAGAGCCUGAUGAUAAGAGUCUAAUAACUCUGAUCCUCACAGAGAGAAGAUGUCAGCUCCUCUCAAAGCACCGCAGGGAAGGAUUCAUCUGAUCGGCAGUUCUUCCCUGCCAACACUCAGCAGUAAUCCUCCGUCUCUGUCGACUCUUUGCACCGAUGGGUCUCUCCCUGUCUGCUCUGCUGUGCAGCAGAGCAACUCACAGCCCGCCCUCCUCUUCCUCAGCCUUCCCUCCCCUCUCCGUCCCCACCUCGUCUCGCCUCGCCAUCACCCUGACCUUUUCCCCCGUCCUCCCGGGAGACAGCCGCUCCCACUGGAGCUCAGUCCACCGCUCUCCUCACCUCUGGCUCUCCGCCUGCAAGCAGCAGGUCACGCGUUGGCCCGUGGAGCUGAGCAGCGACGGGGUGAGAGCGGAGGUGGGGGUGACAGGCGGCCUCCACGUCUGGGAGGUGCUGUGGAACCCGGACCACAGAGGGAGUCACGCCGUCAUGGGCGUCUCCAGGCGGGACUGUCCUCUGCAGGCCGCGGGGUACAACGUCCUGGUGGGUGGGGAUGAACUGUCCUGGGGCUGGGAACUCAAAACCAAUCAGCUCUGGCAUGGUGGACACAGUGUGGGACUUUACCCAGAGAAGAUGAGGAGGUGUCCCUCUGAUUUGAAGCCACACACUUCCGACAAAGAAGAUCCGGUGGUGGCCCCUCUCCCCAUCCCGGAGCGGGUCCUGCUGGUCCUGGACACCGAUGCCCGGACCCUGGGGUUCGUUGUGGAUGGCAUCUUCCUCGGCGAGGCGUUUAAAGACCUUCCUCGUGGGGUUGAGCUGUUCCCAGCGGUGAGCAGCGUGAGAGGGGGGGCCAGCAUACGACUGCGCUACCUGAACGGGGCCACACGUGACCCUCCUGCCCUGAUGGCUCUAUGUGGACUGUCCAUUCGUCAGUUUUUAGGGGAACAGAGGCAGAAUCAAACUCACAAACUGCCUCUACCACCUCGUCUGCAGAACUACCUGCUUUCUACUCAUUAAUCUACAAACACACACACACACACACACACAAACACACACACACACACACACACACACACACAUAUGCAACCAAACCCCUACCCUAACCCCGACUUAAACCUAAUUUCUUUAACGGUUAAAGAAAUAUUUAUUAUUCAUUUUAUUUAUUGAUAUGCGAUAAUUAUACAUGCUCCACUCUUAUGUGAGAUAUUCAAAUAUCAAAUAUGACCUGGAAACUGUAAAUGCUGUGAGCAUUGUUUUGAAAAUGUUGUGUCUUUAAUUCUGAAUGUUUCUUUCUUUGUGUACAAAAUAAAUGUCUCUAAUUUGAA